AUGGUUCUCUGGUACAAGGGCAAGAGCAUCAGCGGCUUGGAAGCCAUUCUCGAUGAAAAUGAGCACACAGCAGUCAAAAGAAUGGUUCUCAAGGGGUUUACCCCUAGUUCAGUUGCCACUUAUGAGUCUAAGAUAGACCAGGUUACUCUUGAAUUCAUUAAUCAAGUGGGGAAACGCGGCAACUUUGAUGCAGGGGAAUGGUUCGUUUACUACUUUGCCGACAUGAUGAACGAUGUAGCCUUUUCCGCCAAACCCGGAUUUAUGGAUCACGGUAUCGAUGUAGAUGGAUCUUUGCACAUUACCAAAGUUAUCACUCAAAUGUGGGCGCGUGUCCACGCAAUUCCAACUAUCAUGAGUUGGCUAUCCUGGACAAUGGGCUUUUUGGUCGGCUUGAACUGGAAAAUCGUUCGUCUGGGGCGAGACUGUUUGAAUGCACGAUUAGAAAAGCCCGACUCGCAGAAAAUCGAUCUCCUCAACCUCUACAUUGAGGCAGGAGAGCAGCGACCAGAUAUGAUUUCUCCCGAGCGGGUACUUGGGAUGACACUCAGCACAAUUAUUGGAGGCUCGGAUAUUACUGCAUUCACAGUUACAUAUGGACUGUCUGAGAUCGUCAGAAAUCGAGAUAUUCUGGAUAAUAUUGAGCGCGAAAUGAAGGAAGCGUCUGAGAUGCAGGAGCUCUCUUAUCCUCCAACUCUGAAGGAACUGGCGAAGCUCCCAUAUAUAAAUGCCGUGAUAAAGGAAAGCCUGCGACUUGCUGCUCCUGUCCAAUUUAAUCUUGACCGCGUCACUCCAUCCGAUGGACUAGAGAUGAGUGGGACUCUUAUUCCAGGUGGAACAACAGUUGGCUGUCUUCCAGGUGUUAUCAAUCGUGAUGAAAGUGUUUUUGGCUUGGAUAGCGAUGACUUUCGACCAGAGCGAUGGACAGAGGCUUCCCAAGAGAGCCUAGGCCGUAUGGAUCGCGGUCUGAUGACUUUUGGAAUGGGUAAGCAUCUUUGCAUCGGCCAGCAUUUUGCGAUCGCGCAGAUGAGAAAGAUUAUUGCAACACUUUUGAUGCACUUCGAGGUGUCCGCGACCAACCCUAACGCUGAGUUGGUUUGUUCUCACCGUAUUCAUCUCCACACCGUCGCAUUCAUUGAUCUACAUCACUACAUCCUCCCACAGCUUGAUCUCGAAUUACCGAACAUUCAAGUGGAGUCUUCUCUCCCUGUGAGCGAUAUGCCUCCCAAGAGGCGCGGAGCGCCCCCCAGCACCUCCGCAGGUCCGAAGCGCGCGCGCCCCUCCAAACUCGCAAAAGAUAACAAUAUCAGCGCCGAAGAAGAGAACGAGAUAAAAGAGGUCUUCCAACUCUUCGCCGAUAAGCAUAAGGACUUUCCAAAUGAAAAAGAAGGUGUCAUUCCACGGGAGGAUGUGCGCAAAGCUCUGGUGGCCCUCGGCCUCCCUCCAGAAGACUCAACGGAACUCUCAGAGAUUCUCUCCGCACUCGACCCCACACUCACAGGAUACAUACCCUACAGUCCGUUUGUGUCAGUCGCAGCUGCGAAAUUGCGCUCUCGCGACGACGACUCCAUGGCUGCGGAGGUAGAUGAUGCAUACAACCUCUUUACAAAAGGGAGUACUGGGCCAAUCUCGCUGGGUCACUUGCGGCGCAUUGCGCGCGAGUUGAAGGAAGAUUCGGUUGAUGAUAAUUUGCUCAAGGAUAUGAUAAUGGAGGCGAAUGGGGGAGCUGGAUUGAAUGCGGGGGUUACGUUGGAGCAAUUUCAUGAUGUCAUGUCGCGUGCUGGGGUUUUCUAG